UUGUAUCAACUGCCGCACAUUAAAGUUUAAGGUGAAGGGGGUUCGAAUGACGGGUUUUUCAUCUAAUAGUUACACUUCGUUGUGUAUUUUGUGAGAAUUACCAGGAUUGUGUUUUCUCUAGUCUUAUGUCUGUUUACAUUCUUCAUACUGUAAAACCCCUCCUAAUUUGACUGGAUGUAUGAUUCUGCAGGGGUAUUACAAUUUCGUUUUUAAAGAUAAACUAUAACACCAGGAGAGGUGGGGGUGACUGUGUGACUGAGAGGAAAGCUAUGGCAGCGCUGCCUGCUGGGGUCAUUGACCUGAAGACAGAAAGAAAGCUAACACAGGGCCAGCCAGUGUAUGUGAGAAGUGUGAAGCAAGCCUGGAUUCCUGCUGUUGUUGUAGACCACACUGAGAAAAACUUGACUGUCACAGUCCAGUACGAUGACUACACUGUUGAGACCAAAAAGACACAAGAUGUUGUCCUUAGAUCUGAAGAAAUGGAUUUCCUCACCUGUUUGAGUUUGACUGACCUUAACCCCAUCAAUGAAGCUACAGUGUUAGACUGCCUUGAAGAACGCUACACCCAUGAUAUCUACUACACAUCAGCUGGCACCACCAUUGUUGCUGUCAACCCUUUCAAAGACGUCCCACAGCUCUACCACAUACAUACAAUAUAUGAUUAUCACAACUCUCAUCAGACCAAAGAUCCACAUAUCUACAUCAUAGCAGAGAAAGCUUACACACAAAUGGUCAGAGAGCAGGGCAAAGUCAACCAGAGUAUCAUUGUCAGUGGAGAGAGUGGGGCUGGGAAGACUGUAUCUGCCAAACAUUUGCUGCGGUACCUAACAAUAAUCUCAAGCCCUGAAAAUGAAAUAAACUUAGAGCGCUCUAUACCUGGCAGUGUGAUUGAACAGCAAGUCCUAGACUCAAACCCCAUCCUAGAGGCUUUUGGCAAUGCAGCAACACCAAGAAAUGGAAAUAGUUCAAGAUUUGGAAAGUUUAUACAGCUGCAGUUCCACCGGAAUGGCCAUAUUGUGGGAGGACUUAUACAGACUUACCUCCUGGAGAAGACUCGUGUGGUGCAUCAAGGGUCAGCUGAGAACAAUUUUCACAUAUUUUAUCAGCUGUUGAGUCUAAAAAACCUUCAGGCAAUACCCCAAUGGUUGGAAGAGGUCAGGUCAGAGGUCAUGAACUCUGGAUUGAAUUGUAUCAUAGCACAACAAGCUGAUUCGCUGACAAUAUUACAAACAGUGGAUGCAAUGACAAACAUAGGUGUGUUACCUAACAAUCAAGUCUCAAUGUUUAAGAUUCUUUUAGCCAUACUACACUUGUCUAACCUGAGGUUUAAAUCUGCCAGAGAUGGAGAGGCCAGCUCCUUGUCUGAUGAUGAAGCAUUCAACAAAGCAUAUAUUGUGAGCCAGACUUGUAAAGAUGAAUGUGCUCGCCUGCUUGGCAUCUCCUCCUUAGACCUGCACCAGGCUCUGCUGAACCGCAACAUCUCCAGUGGACCAAGAUCUCGUCUCUCUGUCGUGGUCAAGCCAGUCACAGUGUCUGAGGCCCAGAGUCGUAGAGACAGUUUGUCUAUGCUGUUGUAUGCCAGAUUGUUUGACUGGCUUGUAUGUUUUAUAAACCAUCAGAUCAAGUCUUCAAGUUUUCACCAUGUUAUCAAUCUGUUGGACAUCUAUGGGUUUGAGACAUUUGAACUCAACAGCCUGGAACAGCUGUGUAUCAACUAUGCUAAUGAGAGGCUACAACAGCAUUACAUUGUCCAUUUUCUACGUGAUCUGCAGGCUGAGUAUGAGGCUGAGAACAUUCCCUGGACAAGUGUGGCCUACAAAGACAACAAGGUUUGUGUGGAGACACUGGAUGGUCCUACAGGAGUCUUUGGUGUACUCAAUGAGGAGGUUGUGUUAAACCGGCCGUCUGAUGACUGCUCACUGUGUGGGAGGAUCAUCAAAGCUGGCAGUUCUCAUGGUGUUGUCUGGAAACCUGGUGCGGGAACUUAUGAGACAAAGUUUUUGGUGCGCCACUAUGCAGGGGACGUUCUUUACACUGUGCAAGAUGCUGUGAAAAAAAAUAAGGACAACAUCCCAGCUGAAUUGAUUUUACUGAUGGAAACAAGCAGCAACAGUUUCAUAUUAAAUCUUUUCUCUGAGGACCAGUUCUCUCAUACAGAGCAAUCUCUUACACCAACCAAAACAAAGAAGAAGAUUUCUGUCCUCACCAAAUUCAAGAGUUCCCUGGACAGUCUGAUGACCAGUCUCAACAGUUCGAACGCUCACUUUAUCCGCUGCAUCAAGCCCAACACAAGCAACAAGGCUGACCAUUUUGACCGGCCGUAUGCCCUGCAGCAGCUGCGAGCUUGUGGGACUCUGGAGACUGUGGACAUUUGUCACCUCGGUUACCCUGCAAGGAUGACGUACCAGGACUUUGUCCAGCGCUAUGGGUUCCUGGUCAAGUUGGCUGGCUCUGUGCCUGGCCUGUACAGACAACACUGUGACAGGAAUUUCUCCAACCAAGCUGAGGGGGAGGACAAGGAAAACAUAGACACCUUAUCAGACAAGGUGGAUGCAAAGUUUGUCCAUGUGGAACACCUGCACCACACACCACGCAAGAGACUAAGAAGAUCUGGCACAUACACAGAGCAUCCCCACAGAAUGUGUGCACUUGUCUUAAUGUCUGUCUACCCAAAGCAAGACUUGAGAGAUUGCCACUUACAAUUUGGAAAGAACAAAAUUUUCCUCACUAACAAACAGAUGGACCAUCUUGAGCACACAAGGGCAAGUGCUCUUAGUUUCUUGAUGGCUAAAGCUCAAGCUUUAUGGCGAUGUUACCUGCAGAGAAAAAUGUAUCUGCAACUAAGGUUUGCCACAGUCAAGAUUCAGGCCAUAUGGAGAACACACCUGGAAGUGAUUCGGUUAAAGCUGGUCAAAAGUGCAGUGGUCAAGAUUCAGACUGUGUGGAGGACACACAGGGAAGUAAAUAAAUUGCGACAGGUAAUAAGUGCAGUGGUCAAGAUUCAGAGUGUGUGGAGGACACACAGGGAAGUAAAUAAAUUGCGACAGGUAAAAAGUGCAGUGGUCAAGAUUCAAACUGUGUGGAGGACACACAUGCAGGUGAAGAGGUUCCGCGUGCUAAAGCAAAGUGUAAGGACGAUUGAAAAAGCUUGGAGAGUGUACAGAUUACACAAGGCUGUGAGAUCAGUGGCUAAUUCAUCCUGCAUCAUCAAAAGAUCUUUAAGGAAGUGGGUGAAUAAGAGAAGGUUGAUAAAGACACAACAGGGCCAUGAGUUGUCUGACCUGGUGAAGAUGGAGGUAACCUCUGAGAAUCUCUCAUGGACACCUGGGCUGGACUUCAAUGGUCAACAUGAGGAUGUGCUGCCUGAGAGUGGGGACAUGACAGACAACAGGAGGCAGGUGCUGUCUGACGAAGAGGUGCAGGAUGAUGAGAGCAUCUGUUCGGAUGACUCAGGGGUCAUCAAAGAUGACUUCCAGUCCCUGUCUGGUGACCCUCUUGUUGAAGUCCCAUCUAAGAAGUUGAGAGUCCAGCUUAGGGCUGACCUUAGGAUGGGGGACGGAAUCAUCACGUGUCGUCAGCUAACCAGACCUGGAUUCAAAUUCAUCACCCGUAGAAGUGUGCUCCAGUAUGGCCACUACGCCCACCACUACCAGCUCCCUCAUGGCCUGCCUGAUGUUUUCACAGAUCUCACAGGGCUGGACUGCCCCUGUACCACAUACCCUAAAGUACCACUGGACCUAACUGCCCAUUAGUGAUACCACAACUGUCCCUGUACCACAUACCCUAAAGUACCACUGGACCUAACUGCCCAUUAGUGAUACCACAUUACAUUUACAUUUUUUUAAUGGAGCAGCCCUGUCCCUCAACCAAACAUUUGACCAGCUUAUACUAAUGACAAUUCUACUGGACUUGUCUCAUUUACUUAAUGAAAUAUGCAUUGGGUGGUUUAGCCCUGGUAAAAAUGUUGUGAUUUUACAGUGACAUAAUAUACAAACUUAAAAGUUUCUCUAUGCAAGGCACUUUUUCACCUUGCCUUUUGCCACUAUUCUGUGUGUAAUUGACUCAGUAAAUAUAUGUAUGUACUUACUAAAAGCCCAGUGUACGUCCCACAGCUGUGGUGAUGUACGUCCCACAGCUGUGAUAAUGUAGAAGGACCUACAGAAGUCCACACUGUAGCCUGUACAAAAUGUGAUGAAGAGAUCUGGAUGUAAACUAGCUGUACAUUACCUCCCCUGUAUAUAACCUGGUGCUAUAUAAUGUCUACCUGUGUGUUGACAUCCAAGUGUGUGUGUGUUGAUCUAUUUAUCACUUGCUGUAUGUUAUACCAGAGACUUAGUUAAUCAGAUGGUUGUGACAUUGCUGAUCUCCCUUACCAUCACAUUCCAUUUAAGACAUCACAACUUGGCUAACUAUUCUUCCUUUUACACUUACAAAACAAGGAAAUAUCAUUGUCUCAUAGAUUUGUAUGUAUGUAUACAUGUGUAAUAUAUAUUAUAUACACACCUGUAAAUACUGUUGAAAAAAGAAAGGAGUUUUUAUUUAUAAAAAUACAAGUGAUAUACUACAUCGUA